GCCAAGGAGGACAGGCUGUCUCGAGGAACCUAAAAAGGUCUCAUAAGGCUUUGAGUAUUGGGAUCUGCCAGAAUAUUAUCUCAAAUCUCUGUUUCCGGCUGCCACAAAGAAUAACAUUUCUGAUAUCUACAGCCAGGUCUCCUUGAAGUGUUCCAGUCAUGGCUUCCAAAGUCAAACCUUGGUAUAAGAGGAAACAAGUGACCCAAGUCAAAACUGAUUAUGCUUAUCAUCACACUAAACAUGUUGUCAAGCAGCAGACAGAAAGGAAAUCAAGCUCUAAAUCGGUGAGCCAGGUGCAGGCCCAGGCCACAGAGGCUAUGGCGGAACCAGCCUAUACCAUACCGGCAUUCCGACAGAGGACUGCUGAGGAUACUACUGAGGAGUACCAGAGAGUGAGCACAAAUUUUGGGAAAGGACUGGCUGUUAUUCAGGAGGAGCUCCACAGGAUGAGGAUGGCCACCAAGGCCCAAGUGGACAGUCUUGCUAUCCAGAAAGAAGUUAAGGACAUGAUGGCAAAGAGGACGGAUUUGUUGGAGGAAUUUCCCAAGAUGCCGGACUUCCUGGUGGCCCUGAGGCCUCACACCGUGUGGGAAAAGACCCCUGUCAAGCUCUUCUGCACUGUGCAAGGAAACCCCAGGCCCAUUGUCAAAUGGUAUAAAGGAGGAGUGCCAGUCGACCCACUGAGUGCCCCAGGAAAGUACAAGAUUGAGAGCAAGUAUGGAGUCCACAGUUUGAUCAUUAGCAGGUGUGUUGUGAGUGAUACCGCUGAGUACAGUGCUGUGGCAACCAACCAGCAUGGCACGGCUACCAGCACGGCUAAGGUUACUGUGAAGAGACCAGCAGGAUCUGCAGAGUCCUGCCACCUUGGUCUAGUGCCCCAUCUGACUGAGAUCCAUCCCAGUAAGCUGGAGGUCACUCUGCUCGAUAGGUUCCCCGUUAGUUUUGGUGUGGAGGGGGGAUCCAUCAGUCUGGUCUGUACCAUGGUGGUCGUCCCCGACCUGCCCAACGUGCCGCCCCUCGCCCAGUGGUACAGAGAUGAUAAAAUGCUGAAACCCGGUAAGCUGGCAGAGAUGUCAACGUGUGGAGGAGCAGCCCGUCUGACGCUGCCCCACCUGGCCAAGGAUGAUGAGGGCCUCUACACCCUUCGUAUCUUUACCAAGGAUGGCACCGCUGAGCAUAGCGCCUACCUGUUUGUCUCAGAUGCCGCUCCCUCUGCAGCAGGAGCCCCUGGUGCCCCAAUGAGCGUAUAUGCAUAUGACGUCAACUCGGACUAUGUCCUGGUUGCCUGGAAACCUCCGAACACCGUCAACGAGGCGCCAAUCACCGGAUACUUUGUGGACCGAUGCGAAGCUGGCGCCGACACCUGGGUCCAGUGCAACGACGCCCCGGUGAAGGUUUGUAAAUACCCGGUGCACGGCCUGAGCGUGGGCCGUUCCUACCACUUCCGGGUCAGAGCCGUGAACAGCGCCGGAAUCAGCAGACCAUCGCGCAAGUCAGGCAAAGUGUCAGCCCUCGAUCCAAUCGAUAGCGAGAGACUGCAAGUGAUAAAAAUCCAAGGAAAAUACGACAUAGUGAUCAGAGAUGAUGACCUGGAAGGCUACGUAACUAUCCCGGGUGAGCCUACAGACGUGCAUGCAUCCGAGAUUUUCAGAUCAUACGUUGUGCUGAGCUGGACUCCUCCCAGCCCUCGCGGACGAGCUCCGCUGUGGUACGUCAUCGAGAAGUGCUUAGCUGGCACUGGAGCAUGGCAGCGGAUCAACACGGCAGUCAAACUGCACUCGCCUCGUUACCCGGUUUUUGAUUUGCAAGACGGGCAAAAGUACCAAUUCCGAGUGUAUUCGGUCAACAUGUACGGCUCCAGCGAGGCGUCCGUGCCCUCCGAGCCCAUCCAAAAGGUUGAUGAAGAUGGCGCCCCCUCUGCUCCUGGUCAGGUUGUUGCUACCAGGAACACCAAGUCAUCAGUGUUUGUGCAGUGGGAAGCUCCCAAACAUCACAAGAACCUCAUGGGAUAUUACAUUGAUGGCCGUGUCGUCGGAUCGAAGGAGUGGUUCCCAUGCAACCACAAACCUUUCAAACACACCAGGUUUGUGGUCCACGGCCUGAUCCCAGGAGAGACCUACACGUUCCGUGUCCAAGCUGUCAACAUCUUCGGCCUCAGUGAGGAGUCUCAGGAGUCCUCUCCCAUCGCUGUGGAGCCAGCCCUCGCAACUCCCAGCGCUCCCUACGGCAUCACAAUGUUGAGCUCUGACGGCUCCUCCAUAACUGUGGCCUGGAAGAGUCCCAAACACUGCGGCGGCUCCAAGGUCAACGCCUACUACAUCGACAAGCGUGACGCCGACACUUUGGUCUGGAAGGAGGUCAACCUGGCUGCCAUCACCGAAAGAGUCUGCACUGUGGACAAUCUGACAGAGGGAGUCUUUUACGAGUUUAAAGUUCAGGCUGCUAACAUGGCUGGUGUUGGUGUACCAUCAGCUCCCAGUGCCCCAAUGAAAUGUGAAGCCUGGACCAUGGAUGAGCCAGGCCCAGCCUAUGACCUGAGCUUCAGCGAGGUCAGAAGUCACUCUCUGGUCAUCCUGUGGAAGGCUCCAGUUUAUACCGGAGCUAGCGCUGUGUCUGGAUACUUUGUGGACAUGACCAAGAAGGGUUCAUCAGAGUUUGUUACUCUGAAUCAGGAGGCUGUGAGCCACCGUUACCUGCAGGUGACUGGACUGGAGGAGAGUGAAACCUACGUGUUCAGAGUUCGUUCUGUCAAUGCAAACGGUGUUGGAAAACCUUCCCAGCUGUCUGAGCCAGUUUGUGCCAAAGCUCUUCCAGGCACUACAGAGAUCGUGGCUGGUGUGGAUGAAGAGACUGGGGACGUCUUCCUGUCCCUUGAGGCCUGUGAGAUCUGUGAGACGUCCAAGUUUGUUUGGUCAAAGAACUACAAACCCAUCGGGGACUGCCCCAGGGUCGGCGUCACAGCAAAGGGCAGAACCUCCAGACUCACUUUCACCAACCCUGAUAAGGACGAUCUGGGCAGAUACUCUGUGGUCGUCACCGACACAGAUGGAGUCUCUUCCAGCCACACUCUCACUGAGGACGCCCUGAACACCAUGUUGGAGCUCAGCUACGCCAUCAGACAUCCCAUUGUUCCUCUGAAACAUGGUCUGAACUAUGAGAUCUUGGAGAAGGGUCAUGUGCGUUUCUGGCUGCAGGCCGUCAAACUGUCCCCAUCCGUGUCCUACAGGUUCAUUGUUAAUGACAAAGAAGUCACCAGUGGAGAGGGCCACAAGAUCAGCCACGAUGUGGCUUCUGGAAUCAUCCAGAUGACCGUGGAUCAUUUCACCAGAGCCAACGAGGGCACGUACACCGUCCAGAUCCAUGACGGCAAGGCCAAAACCCAGAGCUCCCUGGUCCUGGUGGGAGAUGUGUUCAAGGCUGCUCUGAAGGAGGCUGAGUUUCAGAGGAAGGAGCACAUCAGGAAGCAAGGUCCACAUUUCUCUGAGUAUCUGUAUUUCACUGUCACUGAGGAUUGCACCGUUAUGCUCGCCUGCAAGAUGGCCAAUGUGAAGAAGGAGACUGUUUUCCAUUGGUACAAAGAGGAUGAUGAGAUUGUUCCAGACACUCCUCCUAAUGUCAUGUCUGGAGCCUGCGCUCUUCCCGUUCCUCUGUUCUCCAGGAAGGAUCAGGGUAUUUACAAAGCCACGCUCAGCGACGACAGAGGAAAGGACACGUCUGUGUUUGACAUCUCAGGCCAAGUGUUUGAUGACAUCAUCAAUGCCAUCGCCCAGAUUGCUGGUGCUUCUGCCUCUGACCUGGUGCUGCAGUGUACUCCAGAGGGCAUCAGGCUGCAGUGCUACAUGAACUACUACACAGAGGAGAUGAAGACUGUCUGGAAACACAAGGAGAGUAAGAUCGCCUCCUCUGAGAAGAUGAGGAUCGGUGGUACAGCAGAAAUGGCCUGGAUGCAGAUCUGUGAUCCAUCCGAUAAGGAGAAGGGUCACUACUCCAUCGAGAUCUCAGAUGGUGUGAAGACCCACACCCGCACAUUUGACCUUUCUGGACAAGCAUACACUGAUGCCUAUGAGGAGUACUUAAGACUUAAGGCAGCUGCAUUUGCUGAGAAGAACCGUGGCAGAGUGGUCGGCGGUCUGCCUGACGUAGUCACUAUCAUGGAGGAGAAGUCCCUGAGCCUGACCUGCACCGUGUGGGGUGAGCCGACCCCUGAGGUCAGCUGGUUCAAGAAUGAGCAGGAAGUCGCUUCAACCGAGCACACCAAGAUCACGUUCGACGGAGGCAAGUUCGCCAGCCUUGUCAUCAACAAAGUCACUCCCGACGACUCCGGCAAGUACAGCAUCAACGUACGGAACAAGUACGGUGGCGAGUUCGUGGAGAUCACCGUCAGUGUCUACAGGCGCGGAGAGCAGAUUCCCGAGCCCAAAUUGGGGCAGCCCAAAAUGGCUACACCCGCAGCCACGCCGUCGAAGUCCCCAGCUCCCCCCUCCAAGACCCCAACCCCCACUCCUUCCAAGUCUCAGACCCCAGCGCCGUCCAUGAAGAGCGCCGCCUCCACCCCUGCUUCUACCCCGGUCCCCAAGUCUCCAACCCCAACCUCGAAAUCUCCGACCCCAACUCCACCUCGCAGUGUCAAAUCCCCAACCCCGCCCAGGUUCAUGAAGUCUCCGACCCCACCGAGGAAGUAAACGACGGUGGUGACGUCCGAGGGGGAAGCGUUUGCUGUUGGCAGCGUCGGUUUGUAGCAUGAGUGUGAAACCGUGAGCCGUUACUUUAAAGGUUAUUUAGAUGUAGGCGAUGUCAAAGUCCCGCUUUCCAACCGCUGCGUACUCUGGACUUUCAAUGGCUAGGCUGAUAGCUCGUUGGCUUUUACAUGUUAAUCAGCUGACGACUGUGCUUUUGACACAAGUGGGGAAAAAGUUAAAAAAAAAAAAAACACACAAACAAGAAAAAUAAUAUGCAAGUUAGAAUAAUGUUAAUGUUUAAAAAGCUGCACCUUCCACUAUGCAACAUUAGUGGAAUGCCAAAGGAGAGUUAUGGUUUAUUACAACUGGGGUCUUAUUCACCGGGUUUUGACCUGAAGUGGGCAAAAUGAAAGAGAACAGUCAACUGUCCAUCACAGUUUACAUGUAAAAUUCAUAUUUCAGCUUUGAUCUUCCUUACUUGUGUAGUUGAUUCUUGUUCAAUGAACAUUUUCGGUGUAACCUGUACAUGUUCCCCGACUUUAGCAGUUAAGUUGGUGAUUAUAAUAUUACUGCUAUUGUUACAGAUGAUCCCCAAAACUGCAUAAAUAAGGACUAAGUUGUAAUAAACUGAAACUAUCCUUUCAACUGGACGGCCUGGGAGUUGGUAGGUACAGAGCUGGGGUUAUGUUAUCAGCACCUGGGUGGGAAAUUACCUCCAAAUACCACUACGACUCCGGAUACUACAACUUUUUCUCUCCCAUUUCAUUGUUUGGAGGUCCCAGUAAAGCCAGUCGGUGAGCCUGUGAAUGCAAACAGUCACUUUCUGCCCUGGUUUCUACACCAGAGAGCUCCACCUCACUGUGACAUGUCAUGUUUCCCCCCAGUGCUUUGUGGUGGCAAUAAACUUUACUUAUCAACCUCG